UGGUUUAGUAGACUACUUGUAUGAAUAAUAUCCUACAGUACACAUGUACUGUAUGUUUCUCUAACUAGCCAUAUUGAGUACACAUUACCUAUUAUUAUGUCCAAGUUUUCACACAUCCAUUUAACUCUGUGUUUCUGUAUCUUGUAUGGCUUGUGUCUUCUGAAUGCAGUUUAAAUACACCUGUUCUUGGAAUGCUGACAGACUCCUCAGGCUGUCUUAUUUCACUGUCUCUGUUUGUCUGGAAGACGUAAUAAAAGCUAGCUAUAGGCACCAUGGGCAUAGGCCUACAUAUAUCACUGCCAUAGGCACACACAGCAAUAAGAUAUAAGCUAUCACGUCCGUGUCAUUUACCUGUUUGCCUAACAUUUGUGAUAUGACUAAACUGUAAUAGCCUAUUUCAUUGUGGUUGGGAAACAAUCGCGCUUCUAUGGCACCAGCUACGAGGAAUGGCACACACACUAUGCAUGCCGGACAACAUUCCUGUUGGAUGAGAGCUGUCAGAAAGUGCAUCAUACACGUUGCGUUGAAAUGCCUUUCGCUCUCGACACCGCCGGACCCGUUUAACUGGACGGACCGUUUCUGCGAUGUGCGCGUGAAUAUUUCUAUGAGCGUGGGAGAGAGAAUUCCAACCUGACUUCCAUCCUAAAACCAAACCAGCUAAGAAACACAUGCGGAGAGAGAGUAGGUCAAUGUAAGGGUCUGUAGACCAGUCUAAUCCUCUGUUAGUAGGUGAGAACAGUAACAUUUGCCGGUAGCAUCCUGGACUGUUGACACUGGAGAAAGUUAUUCCGAGUUAUUGUGUUGACUGUUUUGUGUAACUGUUUGGUGUAAGGGCGUUAAAGGAACUAGCCAGAAUGAGAGGCUGAAGCUGCCACCUGGAUAAAGCGAGAAUAGAGGUGGAACAAGGCUACCCAUAGCUGUCUGUUGCUGGUUGAAUUACGCACGAUGGACCAGGAAGAAGAUCUGGACUUCAAGUCCUUGAGGGCAAAGUUCCAGGAUAAGGAAGUGCUGCUGAAGCAGCCGAGGACCAAACCUGCUCUUCCUGUGAAGCCUAAAGUCCUGUCCCCUCCUCACAGCCCAACAAACUCCCUUCCUUCAUUCAGCCCCACAUCACACACACCCUCGAACUCAUUCAACCUAAAGCCCGGAGCUCGACCCUCCCUCCAGGGGAAGGGUGACAUCGCACCCCGAGUCAUCUUCAAGGAGAAGGAGAAGAAGGUAAAGGGAAAAGACAAGAAUGAGGGGAAGGUGAAAUUACUAGGUAAAAAGAAGGCAGAGUCUGACAAAGAAAAGGCAGAUAGAGAGAUGAAUGGCGGGAAAGACGAUGUAGAAGAAGGGGUGAUGUCAGAUCUGCUGGACCAGAAACAGAAGACAGAGGCAGAUCUAGUCAUGAAGAACAAGAAGGUGUCCCUGCUGUCCCCUAUGGGGUUUAAGGGGGGUAGUGUCGAGCUGGAAGACGCUUCGCCACCGCCCAUAAAUGCAACAGUAAAGAAGAAGGGUUUUCGGAGCAUCGGGAAGCAUGUGAAAUCAGGGAAGAAAGGGAAAGAGAGGAAAGAUGAGUUUCCUCCUCUCCGCAUGCUGGACAUAGCCAGCCCAGACAUGGCUGGCCCUGAACCUCUCAUCGCUCUAACAACCUUCAGAACCCCAUCACCCCAUGCUAAUAUACCCACACCAACUGCCCUCAUCCCACCGGCCCCAGCAGCACACAUUACCCUCUUACCCCUUGCCCCGAAACCUGCCCCAGUACUAGAUGCCCUCUUACCCCCUGAGCUGUUACCCUCCACCCUGAUGCCUGCACCAGCAGCUGAAACCAUUACAGUCGUUACACCACCCGACCCCAUCCCCAUUCCAAUGAUCCUCGACCCUCCUAUCGAAACCCCAGCUGAGACCAUCCCAGCCCCCACCCUUUCUGUAUUGGUUUUCCCCAGCCCUACCCCUUCCCCUGUUCUUGCCCUACCCAGCCCGGUACCAACUCUCCCAGUCACCCCUAACCCCUCUGCUAUCCCCACCUUACCACCACCCACUAUAGCCACCCUACGUCGACCUGUUAUUGCCAGGCCACCCCCACCCACUGACCCUACCCCCUCUCCACCUCCUGAACCUGAACCUGAGUCUGUAGUAGUGGAUGUUGCUGUUGUAGUCGAGGCCUCUGCCUCUCCACUUUCCUCUCACACCCCCCCUCCCCCAGCGGUGGACCCCCCAGUCACACCCCUGUCCACCCAGCCUGAGAGCCCCGUGUCGGUCCAGGAACGACCACGCUCAGCCCUGUCGGCUCUAGGGCGAGCAGAGGAAAUGAGUACACCAAAAAAAAGAAGAACAGAGAUAAUCUUCAAUGCUCUGGAGAAGGCCAAGAGAAAGUUUGGCAGCCCUUUGAGCACCCCCACCCCCUCCAGCCCUGUCACACCCACCAUAGAGGACCAGCCCCCACUCCCCCACAAAUCCCUCCCUGAGCUCCCACCAAUCGACUACGAUGACCAGGCCGGGGCGGGGCCCCCUACACCCCUGAAACCGGCCCUGGUCAACAGUGUUGACGUUAGGCAGGUGUUUCCUGUGUUGGAGAGGAUAGCAGGGGACGUGAUACCAGACCUGUUGGUGGCACCCUCUCCUCUCUCGAGGAGGUGCCUUCCGGAGGCCUCCACCCUGCGACCCCUGCAAGAGAAACCCCUCCGACUCCCCUCCAUGAACCUGACCGCCCAUGCUGGGGAGAUUCCUGCUCCUCUAGAGUUCUCCGUAGCCGAUCCUGUUAUUGACGUUCCCGAGUUUGAGGAUGUAGGAUCGGAGCUUCUGAAAUUGGAAGCCCUAGAAAUCCAGCCUGCAGACUUGGUGGAGAUAGAGGGGUCAGAAUGGGGGAAUGGAGAAUAUGGUGACAACAUUCCAGAGACAGUGCUUCUAAAGCAGGAGAUUCUGGAAGAGGGGGAGGGGCUUCCAGAAUUCGAGGACCAUAGAGUUCCAGAAUCAGAACCGGUGGUCGAGGUUCCAUUGGAGGUUCGGGUGGAGUUUAUCCAAGAACCUGUCCCUGCCUCCCCUUCCAGCCAGGACCCGCAGCCAGCGGCAGGAGCUGAGGCAGAAGACGGCACCUAUGAGAGCUGUGACAAAGCCAAUGAAGACAUGCCCUCAGCCAAACAGAAGGUCAAGGGUCAACCCACCAAGAAGAAGAAGGAACCAAAGAACCCAUAUGCUGAGACUCAGCCUCCGACUAAAGGAACACCCAGGGGUGGCUGGUCUUUUAAGAAGCCUGCUCCGGAAACCCCAGAGGAGAAAGAUCUGAAGAAGAAAGAAAAACACCAUCUGGAGAAGGAGAAGAAAGAACAGAAAGAGAGAGAGAAGAAGAAGCAGAAAGAGAGAGAGAAGAAGAAGCAGAAAGAGAGAGAGAAGAAGGAGCAGAAAGAGAGAGAGAAGAAAGAAAAUGAGAUGAAGAAGUUUAAGAUAACAGGUCAGGAGGAGGCUAUAUAUCAGGCUACAGUGACGGUAGCAUCUAAAGGACGUAAGAACGACCUGGCUGUGAAGAAUAGGGACAUCGUCAGCAUCAUACGGACCACAAACUGCCCCAAAGGAAAAUGGCUAGCCAGGGACAGCACUAAUACAUAUGGGUACAUCUCAGUGAGCCAGGUGGAGCUGGACAUUAAGGAGAUGUUGGAGCUGGGGAAGAAGGCUUCUCAUGCCAUCAGCUAUAAGGACAGCAGUACCGUGGUAGAACAGGGAGGAGAGGUGGCCAGGAUGGGCAGGAGGACUUCCAAUCACUACCCACUACAGGACGAGACAGGCAGCUUUACAGACGACAGUGAGGAGUGGACGUCUGAUGACGAUGAACCUCUCUCCUACCCCAUUGAGGAAGAUCCUACAGAGAGUGGCCACAUCCAAACAAUGUCCAUGGCGGGAAGCAGAGAGUUUAGCAUCCACCACCAACAAACACACAAUGACACCACCAUAGAUGGAAUGGAUAUGCAGGUGAAACACGAAGCACUUCAGAAGCUGGCCACUUUCUUCCACAAACCUGUUGUAGAGAAACCCAUCAGGAGACCUGAAGAACCUGAACCGAUCAGCCCCGUGGAUAUAGAAGAACCAGUGUACCCAUGUAAAGUGGAAGCAGAUUUGGAGCUUCCAGACAUGAUUCUUCCUCCUCCUGGCCUGUUUGCAGACAACAAUCAAUGACGCUUAGUAGACUACCAACUACCAUCUACAGUUGGAGAGCAGAGGAACAACGACAACAUGGCAUGUCGUCCAGUCAUCUCCAUGACAAUCACUCAGAUAACAGAGACAUGAAGGAUCGUUGUUUGGACAACCUGCAAUUGGAUGGACUAUUUCUCUGUUAUAAUAUUGUUUAAGCCAGGAUUCAUUCCGAGAGCUCUAGUCAACAAAGCAGAUUUUUAAGGCAAUGUUACCGUCUUUACGGAGUCCGCAUUCAAGAUAAAUGCUGCAGAUGUCGACUCAAUUGGAAAUGAUCUUUAAAACGUCAAUAACGCUAUAGCGUUUCAGAUUGAAUUUCUUGUUUUGAUGUCCAUCCAGGGUUAUGGAGGAUGAGAUGAAGGAUAGACAGAGAGCAGUUCUGUUUAUACUAAAUGUUCAAUAGUUUUAUACAAACACAAUUAUGGGAUUCCAUGCAUAGUGUAAUGUCUGUUUAAAGGUGUUUGCAUUUGGCUAGAUGACAAAUCAACAGUCUGUAUCCAGCUACUGUCUGUGUCUAAAAUGACAGCCUAUUCCACAUGUAGUGCACUAACUUUGACCUAAGUGACACAGGGUUAACCACAUAGGGCUCUGGUGAAAAGUAGUGCACUACACAGGGAAUAGGAUGCUUGCCAUACUGUAUGAGAUGUCUGGUUUAUAUUCCCUGUGUAUUUCCCAUUAAGUAUUAGAGAGAGAGGGAAGUAAUUUGAUGAUGUAACCUUUAGUUGAAGUCCUGUUCAUUUAGCUACCAGCUCUGCUAGUUGUCAUCUGGCGAUUUAAUAAAAAACACAAAUCAA